CUUCUGGGUUGAUAGAAGUGAUAUACUUUUUUCCUUUAUUUAAUUGAAAAAAGAAGACUUCUAAAAUCAACUCUCAUUUGAUCGUUGCAUGGUCUCAUACUCUGAUUAAUUAGAGCGUCUACCCUCAAUCUCAGUUUCAUUCGAAUCAUACUCUUUUGGCAUCUACUAUGGCAGAACAUGCAUCAGCCUCUUCUACUUCUAUGUCGAGAUACACUUAUGAUGUGUUUCUUAGUUUUCGAGGUGAAGACACUCGUUAUGGUUUCACUGGUAAUCUAUAUAGUGCUUUGAGUCGAAGGGGAAUCUUUACCUUCUUUGAUGAUGAUGCUCUACGUAAAGGUGAAGAGAUCAACCCUUCUCUUCGCAAAGCAAUACAAGAAUCCAGGAUCUCAAUCAUUGUUUUCUCCAAAAACUAUGCCUCCUCAACAUUUUGUUUGGAUGAGCUUGUUCAUAUCCUAGAGUGUUACACCAAACACAACAUGUGGAUAUUGCCAGUGUUUUAUGAUGUUGAUCCAUCACACGUGCGACAUCAAAAAGGGUGUUUCGGGGAAGCCUUUGCACAGCACGAACGUGGAAGAUUCAAAGACGAUAUUCAGCAGCUGCAAAAAUGGAGGAUGGCUUUGCAUCAAGCCGCUGAUUUGUCUGGUUCGCAUUUCAAAAUUGGUGGAGAAUAUGAGUGUAAGAUCAUUAAAAAGAUCAUAGAAGAGAUCUCCAAUAAACUUAAUCGACAUCUCUUGCAUAUUGCCUGUUAUCCUGUUGGAUUGCAAGUUCGGGUGCAACGUAUACAAGAACUUAUGAAUGCUCAGUUUGAUAACAAAGUGAUCAUGCUUGGGAUUCAUGGAAUGGGUGGAAUAGGAAAAUCAACGCUUGCCCGUGCUAUAUAUAAUUUGAGAGCAAAUCAAUUUGAAAGUUCUUGCUUUCUUGCUAAUGUUAGAGAAAAGUCAAUUAAGCAUGGUCUAGUGCAUAUUCAAGAGACAAUACUUUCUGAAUUAGUUGAGGAAAGAGAUAUCAAGUUGGGAGAUGUACAUCGAGGAAUUCCAACACUACAAAAAAGACUGUCGAAAGAAAGUCCUUCUUGUUCUUGAUGAUAUUGACAAAAAAGAACAAUUACAAGCAACUGCUGGAGGACUGAAUUGGUUUGGCCCUGGUAGUAUCA